UGCAGUAUUCUGCUGAGUAGCAGUGAGCCAGCAUCCGCUCGCUCUGCCUCCAGCCGUCAGCCUUCAGUCAACCGAGACAGCAGCCUGAGAGUCCUGGAACAGGAAACUACAGCACCCACAAUCCUCCGGCUGCAGCCCAGACUGUUGCCUGGCCUGGAGCAAAGCCCCGUGGAACCCUGGGAAUCGCGGUCCUCACUAAGCAGCUGGUGGUGGAGGCAGAGAGGUAGAGAGGGUGACGUGCCAUGACAACCGUCAGAGGAGGAGAAGGGAGGUGUCGGUGCUCCUCGGUGCGGCAGAGUUUAGAUACAGGAGAGGAAAACACAGCAUGAAACAUGAGUAACUGCUGAGUCAUGUCUGCCGGCCUGGACGAUACAGACAACGUGUUCGACCUGAACGAGGUCCCAGAGACAGAGCUGCUGGAUAACAGCAUCCAGAAGGGACGCGCCCAGCUGUCCGUCAAAGCACGCCGCCACCGCCCCUCCAGGUCCCGUUACCGUGACAGCGUGAGCUCCACUGAGGGGGACGACAGUCUGGAGAGGAAGGACAGUCCAUUACACUCUGCCCGCUCACCUCUCCACCUGGCCAUGAGAGGCUCCUCCCCCUCUCCUGAUUCGCUGCUGUCAGCUCGUAGCCCCGCCUUCUCCUUCGACACAUCACUGGUGCGUCGCUCUCCGGAGGAUGAAGAAGCGUCAUUGGUCGCUCCUCCGCGGGGGCGGUACCAUCAGCUGACCAAUGCCACGUCUCAAGAGGCUCUGGUGACGCCCAGCAGCUCGCCCUCCAGGUCCUGCCCCUCCUCCGACUGCUCACGGGUCUACAUGAGGAGGAGCAGGAGGCCUGACAGCGAAGUGUUGGUCUCUGACUCCAGUCGGGACACGAGUCCAGCUGACCCCGGCAGUCCAACCGUCGUCUUUGACAAGAAAACCAAGAGACGCUUCCUGGACCUUGGGGUGACCCUCAGACGUUCAUACAUCAGGGUGAGGAAGGAUAAAUCCAACCGUCUGUCCGUUGGCAGCAGAGAGACGUCUGAGAGUCCGUCUCGCUCUUCAGGAUCCUUCGUCCCCUUCUCCUGGUUCACUGAGGGACGGGGGUCGCUUUCCUCCGCUGGGACUCCCCCCGCCUCCCCCAAAAUCCCCCCGCUGAGCUCCCCGAGACCCCGAAAGUCUCACUCCCAGGAGUCGGCUCUCAGUGAGGAGUUCUCUCCUCCUCAUACCUCCUCCUCCACCUCUCCUCCCAUUGACUCCUCCUCCUCCAGAUCCUCCCAUCCUUACCACACCCUGUCCCAGUCCUCCGAUGAGCCCUUCGAGGAGCCGUCCUGCCUGGUGUCCUCCUGGACGACCCAGCAGGUGUGUCAGUGGCUGCGAGGACUCAACAUGGAGCAGUAUGUCCCAGAGUUCAGUGCGAGAGACGUGGACGGACAGCAGCUGCUGCAGAUGGACGGCAACAAGCUGAAGGGUCUGGGCGUGCUCAGUUCGUCCGAUCGCAGCGCUCUGAAGCGUCGCAUCAAAGAUUUUCACUCUGCAGCCGAGAAGGAAAGAAAAGCUCUGGACAAGAUGGAGAGACAGAAAGAAAAACAACGACGGAAAGACAACGAGCAGCGCAGGAACUGAGGACAACCAUGGGACAGGGAGGACAGAGGACAACGAGAGGGGAGGACAGAGGACAAUGAGAGGGGAGGACAGAGGACAAUGAGAGGGGGGGACAGAGGACAGCCAGGAGACGGGGAGNGAGGACAGAGGACAACGAGAGGAAAGGACAGAGGACAGCCAGGAGACGGGGAGGACAGAGGACAAUGAGAGGAAAGGACAGAGGACAGCCAGGAGACGGGGAGGACAGAGGAUAACGAGAGGGGAGGACAGAGGACAACGAGAGGAGAGGACAGAGGACAGAGGACAACGAGAGGAGAGGACAGAGGACAGAAAGGAGACAGAAAGGACAGAGGACAACCAGGAGAUAGUGAAAACAGAGGACAAUGAGGGUGCAGGACAAAGGACAACCAGGAGACGGGGAGGACAGAGGACAAUCUGUGUUUGUGUCUCUGGACCGAUGUGUCCACUGAGCCUGUAGAGACGAGUCCUGGAGUCUGGACGGAGGACGGACAGUGUGAAAGUCAUAAAUGAUUAAAUGACCGUCGACAUGUUUCAGACUGUGUCUCUGUUAAUGUCUGUCUCUACGGUGGCCUCUGAGGGACUCAGCAGACGUUGUGCUUGUUGAUGAUUUAUUUUCUUUCACAACAGAAAUGAAACGAAAUCUAAAAAUCUGAAAACAAAAAAAAAUGAAAUUAAAUCUGUGAGAAUUUUUAUCACUUAAAGAAUCAUAAAAACCUGAAAGAGUGAGACAUGAACACAUGAAUUCAUGUUUUCAGAAGAUUUGUGCUUUUUCUCUUUUUGUGUGUUUUGUCCUCCGGGGGCCACCGUAACAGCUUAAAGGAAACACCUCUGUGGUCCUCACUUUCCCACAAUGCACUGCUCAGCAGGGACUGUGUAAAGGUGCGUUCAGGUGCUCUUUGUUAUUCAGUUACAGCGUGUUAAAUUCUGAAAAGUAUCAAAGUACGGAAGCCAAGAGAGGCCAAAAUAUUUUGACUUUUAUAACCAGCUGAUCCCUCAGCGUGACGUUCAUCUUAAUAUCUGAUGUUUAGUUUUUAAACAUUUAAAUUUAAAUCACUAAAAUAUUUCAAUAAAUAAAUAUUUAAAAAAAAAAAAAAAAAAGGUCAUUUCAUGAUGUUUUUGAGUUUACCGUUUUUACAGUUCAUAGAUUCAGAUAUAAAAUUAAAGUAUCUAAUUUUAAAAUAACACAUAAACUCAAAUGAGUCAUUUUUGGAUUAAAACAUUAAAGUAAAAUAAAGUGACAUUUUAUUGGUUAAAUUCAGACACCAACAUUUAAAGUAUCUGAUCAGACGACCGUCCAAUCAGGUUUCAUCCUGUCAGUCAUGUGAUCCAAGACAGAAAAGUUUGACCCGAAAAAUACAAAUCACUGCUUAAAAACAAAAAAAAAUUGAAACCGAAAAAAAAAAAAAAAAGAAAUUCAGGCUGAUGAUUUUCAAAGUAAAAUAUUUAAAUUUUUAUUUAUUUGAAUAUUUUUACAGUCGCUCAUAAAGUUCAUAACAGCCUCUCUUUGCUUCCAUAAGAAGCACCUGAACACAUCACGAAUUUCACUCAGAUGCAGUGUUCACGCCAAGUUCAGGCCCCGCCCCCUUCAAAAGGAGGCGGGGCCUGAACUUGUGUUUUCUGUAAGACAAAGAGAAGUGGAGCAGAAACAUUCUUAAAGCAGCUUCAGUGAAACAGUCUCAGUUUGACCGACAGACACAAACGCACCAUCAGCUGUUAACACCUGAUCUCAGAUCAGAACAAUCAGACCAAUCAGAUUACAGCACGCAAAGUUCAGCAGAGUCGACCAUGUGGCUGUGACUGAGUCUAGAUCAGUGAAGAGAAACUGAAGAGACAAGAGAAUCAGCUCAAACUGAUCCUGGAUCAGAUCAAACUGAUCCUGGAUCAGAUCAAACUGAUCCAGGAUCACAGCAUGUGAGCGGAGCGGGAGGAUUUUGUGUUGAGCGAGGAGCGGCUAUUUUUUUAAAAGGUGGAGCGAAGCCUUAUUUCUCGCUCCAAUUUCGCUCCGGUCGCUCAUGCCCCACCCAGAAUGCAUCUUUGCACCUGCACACACCCACACUAUUUUCUUUCAAAACUAUGGAGUUUACUGUGUACUUCAGAAAAGAAACUGAGAAGAGAAGCAGUGGUACCUUGGAGAACGGUCCCUAACUGAGGGGAGAGGCGAGAGGGCUUCCCCGGAGAAUCUACCAAGCUCAUGUUUUAUUGGUGCUGUAGCAUUGUUCUGACCUCUCAUUAGUCCGACGUCCCGUUGUUCCGAUAAGUGAUUAUACUAGGCUAUACUGUAUUUGUGUACCAUAGAGGAUCAGCAAACACAACAAAAGUAGGCUACUGGUCGAGAUACAAGUGUCAUAGAGAGGAGAGAAUGAAACACCAUAACCUCCUGUUAUUAACUCUGGGGUCGGGGUUGUGUGGGGAGCUCUCCGCGGUGCUGAACGGCUCCCGGCGGGCGUAUUUCUGCCUUGAUGGUGCGCCGCGACCAGCUCUGGGUCAGCUAGGAAAGGCUUGAGGUGAAGCAGGCUCACAGCUUAUGUGUUUGUCACUUUCUUUUUCAUUUUAACCCACACCAUGAUCUUUUCCUGACCCUAACCAAGUGGUUUUUGUGCCUAAACCUAACCAGACCUUAACCACAGGGCAUCAUGAUGAUUUCGGAACAACGGGACUUCGGAACAAUGGGUUUAAUAUGGUCGGAACAAUGGGAUGUCGGACCAAUGGGCAGACCCCAUUUUAUUUGUGAAUAGAAGAUUACAGGUUAGGGUAGUAAGACGCAGUUUUUUUGAGCGAAGUGGUGAGCGAGUGGAGCGGGAUGAAAUUUAUGAUGGAGCGGAGCAAAGAAUGCGCAGAACCAAGCGGAGUGGACGAGCGGCGCAAAGUGACAGGUCUGCGAGCGAGGAGUGGAAAUUUUCAACUGAUCCUGAAUCAGAUCAAACUGAUCCUGAAUCAGCUCAAACUGAUCCUAAAUCAGCCCAAACUGAUCCUGAAUCGGAUCAAACUGAUCCUAAAUCAGCCCAAACUGAUCUUGAAUCAGAUGAAAAUGAUCCUGAAUCAGAUCAAACUGAUCCAAAAUCAGCCCAAACUGAUCCAAAAUCAGAUCAAACUGAUCCUGAAUCAGCCCAAACUGAUCCUGAAUCAGAUCAAACUGAUCCUGAAUCAGCCCAAACUGAUCUUGAAUCAGCCCAAACUGAUCUUGAAUCAGAUCAAACUGAUCCUGAAUCAGAUCAAACUGAUCCUAAAUCAUCCCAAACUGAUCUUGAAUCAGAUCAAACUGAUCCUGAAUUAGAUCAAACUGAUCCUGAAUCAGCCCAAACUGAUCCUGAAUCAGAUCAAACUGAUCCUGAAUCAGAUCAAAAUAAUCCUGAAUCAGCUCAAACUGACCCUGAAUCAGAUCAAAUGAAACCUGAAUCCGCCCAAACUGAUCUUGAAUCAGAUCAAACUGAUCUUGAAUCAGAUCAAACUGAUCCUGAAUCAGAUCAAACUAAUCCUGAAUCAGCUCAAACUGAUCCUGAAUCAGAUCAAACUGAUCCUGAAUCAGAUCAAACUGAUCCUGAAUCAACCCAAACUGAUCUUGAAUGAGAUCAAACUGAUCCUGAAUCAGAUCAAACUGAUCCUGAAUCAGCCCAAACUGAUCCUGAAUCAGAUCAAACUGAUCCUGGAUCAGCUCAAACUGAUCCUGAAUCAACCCAAACUGAUCCUGAAUCAGAUCAAACUGAUCCUGAAUCAGCUCAAACUGAUCCUGGAUCACCAUCGUCAUGUGACACAAACAGUCACAUGACCUUGUCACUGUGCGUCUUGCAGACAGCUGUUUAAAAAAGAUGAUGGAGCUCAGAGAGACACGACAGCUUUUGUCCACAGGGGGGCGCCACAGUUCACUGCAGCUGCUUUAACAAGUUUCUUCUUUGGCUGUUUGCAGCAGAGACGAGCUGGUUCUGACGCUUCGACUGCUGACCACAUGAAGAAGAAUGAAAGAAUUCUUUCUGCUGUCAGAUGAAACUUAACAAAUCUGAUGUGUUUGUUUCAGUGUGACCUCUGACCUCUGACUCCUGACCUCUGACCUCCGCCGUUCAAUGAUCAGAUCAAUAAAUCAAAAACCUGUCACAAACUUUGCUUCAGUUUCUUCAGUUCAGGUGAAACAUCAGAGGCGGUCGAACUGAUGCUGAUCAGCACAUGUUGCGUUCAGUGACCAGUCUGGAGGGUGGGGAAGAAGAGUGGAGGGAAACAGAACUAUACAGAACAAGGUAUUUAUUACAGGUGCAGGACAGCAGUAACCCUCCAUCAUCACCUCUGACCCUCUGAGCACAGGUAACGGCUCCUUUACGCUCAGACGUCAGAUUCGUCUGUCUCUGUCUUUAUUUCAUCUGAUUCAUGAACGUUUCCUGAAAGUUUUCAGAUACAGACAAACAGAGCAGAACCACCAGAGAUCAUGGAGGCAGGGCGGAGGUGGUACGAGCACACACAAAAAACAUGUUGUUUGCUGCGACUCAACAGUCAAAGUUCUGGAUGUUAAAGGCCAAAAUACAAAGAAAAGACUCGCUAAGAAUAAAGAAUAAAAUAAUAUCCAGUACGACGUCUCUCUGUCCUCACAGCUGAUCAGGAAAAACCCUUCAAUGGAAAAAAAAAGUGUUAUAAUAAUCAGAUAAAUCAAUAAUCAAUAAUGAACCUGUCCAUAGGUUUAAACGAUACAAUAAUAUCUGACUGUAAAAUAAUCAAAUGAACACAUUAACUUUCUAACUGAACGACAGAUGAACGGAUUUAGAAAUUCUGGGUCGAUACUGACACCGAUGUUUUUUUUGUUGUUGUUUGUUUUGUUUGUUGUUGUUAUUUAUUCUUCUUUUGUUUCCAGGGAAACACAGAGAUCUACACUAUAAAAA